GAGUUAUAUAUAUAAGAAGAAAAUAAAGAGAGUUAUAACAGAAUAUUAGAGCCUUGUUUAAUUACGAGUUCUCCUCACCAACCAUCCAACUAGGAUUAAUCUAACAGGUUGUGGGCCAGCUCGCUGGAAUAGAGGAAGAACCGAGAAGAAGACGACUCAGAAGUUUUUAUUUUUAUCUUUGUUCAAAGGAAAAUAAAUCAGACGUAUCAGAGGUCUAGAGGACAAAUUUCAGAAGAAAACAGGAAAAGAACAUCAGAAGCGUUAUGUCUGAUUGGAGUCUUUCAGACCCAUUACCAUCAAAUGAGAAAGAGGUGGCCAACGAAGGCAACGAAAAUCAAGUGGACGAUCAUUUGAAUAUCCACCAAGAUUCAGAUAUAGAAGGGUAUACACCCCCGGGUACACCCCCAAAAAGAGAUAUGGAGGGAAAGUCUCAACCUACUGACUCACAAAUGGAGUGGAGAAUGAAUAAUCUGGAGAAUGCUCUCGAGAGACACUCCGAUAUACUCGACAAUCAUGCUGAAAUAAUCAGAGAUCAAACAGUAGCCAUACUCGAUAUGAAGGAAAAUAUUGACAACCUAAACACCGUCAUACAGAAACUCACAGAACAAAUAGGAAAAUUAACUUCAGAGCUGGAAUCAGACAGACGCAAAUCAGACGGUCAGCCUUCAGACGACAGGCAAAAAAUUGCAGCUAAACAGGCGAUAAUCACAGACAAGUGUUAUCGCUGCAAUAAGGUGGGACACAGAGCAGCCUUUUGUCCUCUUAAAGAGUACAAUCUAUGGUACUGCUUUUAUUGCCAGGCUGUAGCUCCACACAAAGGGGAUAAUUGUCCAAAUAAGGACAAUCCCAAAGAUGGAUACAGGAAACCAAGGAGAAACUAAUUCAGAGUAAAGUUCAGAGAAUAAAAAACGCAGACGUACAGGAGGACAAGCGCCCCGAAGGGAGGGAGUGUUGGCGAGUCUUCGCGCCGCUUGCCGUCUAUAGUAAACUACAGGGCUAAUCUAGCGCCACCAUGCGGACAGCGCUAGGUAUUCACGCGUGAUCUGCAAAGUACUCACUCUCCUGCCGACCGCUCUCGAAACAACAGCUCCUUCGCCCGAGUUAUAUAUAUAAGAAGAAAAUAAAGAGAGUUAUAACAGAAUAUUAGAGCCUUGUUUAAUUACGAGUUCUCCUCACCAACCAUCCAACUAGGAUUAAUCUA